AUGCCUGCGCAACAGCCCAUUUUGACGGCCCAGUUCGUUGACGAGUUGAAGCACCACCCAGCAUUACCCCAAGGCUCGUGGUAUGUCAUCAGCGCAGCCGUCCUAUGCGCACUCAACUGUCCCAAUGAAGUGGCCGAAUUGUUUAAAUAUGCCAUUGAGGGAGAACCCGAUACAGCUGCUCAGCAGAGGGUUGCAGAGCGACUUCGCGAAGCGCUCAUAAAGGUGAUUCCUGUAUCUGGGAUGCCAAAAUCGAUAAGAGCUCUCUUGGCACUUAAACCGAAAACUCCGCCCGAGCUUCUCCAUGAGUCGAGCCACGAGACGGCUCGGACGAUGGACUUUACCAAAACUGCCGCGUCGGAUGUGUUUGCCCGUGGAGAGAAGUUCUUCGAUACAGUCUAUGGCAACAAGUCUGCUUCACUUAUGAAGGUGAUGGAUUCAUGCGGAACGCCAGACUUAGGUGCAUCCGCGCGAUUAAUGUACAGUUUCUUUCUCGGCAACACAAGUGUGCUCUCGGCAAGGGAGACCAUGUUUGUUACGUUUUCCGGCGGAAUAGCGACUGAUGUCCAAGAUAUUGUCCUAAAUCACAUGCGCGGCGCUAUCAACCACGGGGCGACGGUACAGGAAGUAAAUGCCGUUCGUCAGCUAGCAAUAUUGAUAUGUGAGCGGGCUGGCGACUGA